AGUCGCAGCCAGGCGCGCUUGCGUCCAUCGGGAGUAGCGCGGGCCCCUGCUGCUAUGCAGAUGGCAGCGGGUCCAAAAGUUCGAGACAAGUCACCAUCAACCUCCCCUCUGGCCUCUCUGGCUUCUGCAUAUCUUUCCUGACCGCCCAGCCCGCUACUUCUCUGCACUCUGCACAUCUUCGGGCACAUCUCCCUCCCCAACUGCCGCCCAUCAUGGCGUCCUUCUUCUCCAGCGUACGUCAAGGACUGGCUGGCCGUUCAAACAAGAGCAACAACCAGCAACAGCAACAACAACAACAGCAACAGGGGGGCAAGACUGGCACUCCCUCGCCCACUGCUCAAUACUCUGCAUCUCCCACUUUCCAGCAGCCUUCCAGUGUCCCUCCCAUGCCCCAUUCGCCUGCACAGUCUUCUGCAAUGUCGUAUGAAGGUCCGUCGGAAGGUUCCGCCCAAUCUGGCUCGCGCAGACCGCCUUUCUUCUUCCGCGAGGAGUACUCCAACUUGAUCGUCAAGGGCAACUUUAUGACUCUGGCUGCCAAACCAAAGCUUGUUGAAGAGGGAGAAUGGCUUGCACAUCAAGUCGUUGAGCAGUACCGCCUACUCGAGCAAAUGAUCGAUGUCAUCAAGGUAAUAGACGACCGAACAGGCAAGCCCAUCUGCAACCCAGACGUCUGCCCAACCAUGUCCGCCAGCGGCCACACCUACACCUGGCUAGACAACCAAAAGAAGCCCAUCAAAAUCCCCGCCAUCCAAUACAUCAACCUCGUGCAAAAAUGGAUCGUCGGCAAGAUCAACGACUCAACCCUCUUCCCCACAGACACCACCUCCGUCACAAUGGCCGCCCCAACCUACGCCUCAGGCUCCCUCGGCACCGCAAACGCCGCGCCCCAACCCCUCGGCCCCACCAGCCUCGACGCGCCCCUCUCCCAGCUCGCCGGCCGCGAAUGGAUGGGCAAAUCCUCGGGCUUCCCAGAGUCCUUCGAGAGCGACCUCAAGAGCAUCUACCGCCAGAUGAUGCGCUGCUACGCACACAUCUACCACGGCCACUGGCUCGACCCCUUCUGGAACGUCAGCGCUUACAAGGAACUCAACACCUGCUUUAUUCACUUUGUUAACGUCGGCUUGCUGUUCAAGUUGAUUGGUGACAAGGAGAUUGAGCCCAUGCAGCCUUUGGUCGAUCUUUGGGCGGAGAAGGGUCUGCUUCCCCCGGCUGUCAAGGAGGUCGUGCCCCCGAGGAGCUCCGGUGGUCCUCCCGCGACGGCCUCUUGAUGUGCGUGUCUUGACAAGGACACCGCUUGGACUCGCUGUUUGAUAUGGCAGAGUGGUGUGUCGGACUUCAUAGGGUGCAUCUAUCUCGCCAUGUCUUUUUUUUUCAUUACAUGGUAUAACGGAGUACAUGGGAUUGGGCGUUCAAGGGCUCAGAUAAGGAAUGAAACUAUCUUGCAUGGAACAAUAGAUACCUAACGCUUUGACGAAAACCGACCCUAAAGUUAUCGAUUUUCGCCU